GUUGAGAGAAAGCAGAAAUGCAUUGGCAUUGCAAACACUUUCCCUUUUUCCAUUAUUUUAGGUCUCAUGUUUUGUAAUCAAAUUUGGAAUGGCUAGCACCACUAGAAGUAGAAGUAAUGAACUGAACUUGAAGUGGUUAGUUCUUGCUAUCUCUGCCAUUUCGAGUGCCGGUGUGACAGUGAGUGAAGAAGAAGGCACCACUGUCCAAAACCAACCUGCUGCUGUAGAAUGGGAUUCGAACGGCUAUCUAUCCUUCUGCCUAUGCAUGGGGCGAUUUGGCAACCAGGCGGCACACUUCCUCGGUGGUCUGGCAAUGGCUAAGAGAAUCAAUCGCACUCUGAUACUUCCCCCAUGGAACGAUGGACACCUAGUUCAGUUUGAGCAGUGGUUCAAAGUUGAGGCAGUCAGUCAGUACCAUCGUGUAAUCACUGCUAGUGACUUCAUGGAGAAGCUAGCCCCAGCUAACUGGCCUCCUGAGAAGAGAGUUGGAAUGUGUUUUAGCUUCCCGGGAGGUUCUUCGCCGCCAUGCGUCAUGGACGAUUCUGAUCAUCACUUCUGGUACUGGCGGGCACAAGGAAUAAAAUUUGUUCGCACCGAACAGUAUUACUUGAGCUACAAUGCGGAGAUAGCAGACACAAAGCGCGAGUGGGAUGAGCGUUUUCCGGCCGAUAAGUAUCCAGUUCUUGCCUUGCGAGGUGCACCGGCUGGUUUUCCUAUGACAAAGAAAAACAAUGCACUGCACGAGCACUUGGUUUGGUCUGAUGCAAUAGCCAGCGAGAGAGAUCGUCUCAUUGCUGAACACCUGCCCGCGGGCGGGAAGUUCGUUGGCAUUCACAUUCGGAACGCGCAGGACUGGGUGAACACCUGUAACAUGGUGGAUACGGCACGUGGGUCCAGCCUGAUGGCCUCACCCCAGUGUGUCGGCUAUGAAGCCGGCACAGGCACCGUGACCAAGGACAUGUGCCUUCCUUCACGCCAUUCCAUUGCACAGCACACAGCAGAGACCGUGAGCAAGAUCGGCGCCAAUGCCGUGUAUGUUGCCACAGCCGACGACCCGAUGCUUGAUGACCUGCGGUCUGCACUCGGCAGCAGUGUUAAACUGGUGGCGCUGAAACCUCGCCCUCAGCUGGACCUUGCCAUCUUGGCCCAGGCAGAUCAUUUCAUUGGCAACUGUGUCUCGUCCUUCUCUGCGUUUGUUCGACAGGAGAGAGAUGCUAAUGGCAAGUCAAGCAGCUUCUUCAAUCAUGGAAGAUCCCACCUUUCACCUAUUGUCCAUGAGGACCUGUGAGUCCAGAACUUCUUGUUGAUAGUUAAGAGAGACAGACUGUUAGCUGCUUGCGAAAGCAUUUGAAACAUGCAACCAUCUUUUUUUACAUGCAACUUUACUUCAACUUUAGGAUGUGUUUAACUGCAAAACAUGCUGACAUAUUUAUUUUACCUACUAGUAGUCGGGCCCCCACAUAAGAGACCAUGACGCGUUUUUUUAGGUGCUUCUAUUUUGAAACAGAAUUUUAUCCCACUUCCUGCUCAUUAAACUACAAGUCCUACUCGUCUACAGUGGAUACCUUUCCCUGGUGAUUUGUUCAAGUCAGGUGCUAUAGGAUACACAUUUGUAUGCUCUGCUCGAUGGGGAGCCUAGUUAGGAAAGGGAGGUUUCACCUGUGGUAGCCUCUUCCGCCCAAUAAGACCAGUGGAUACACGAUUACGAACCGGGCUGGCUUGCACUUGGAUAGCUCGAGUGAGCGUCAUCAUUGCCUCUGUGGCAAACCAUGUGACCGAGAACGUGUCGGAGGGCACACAGCUGCUCGGAGCUUUGAUACAUACAUGUAUAUACUGCUUACAGUGAUGGCAAGUGAAGUCCGCAGUGCCAGGUGGAGCGCAGUGCCAGGUGGCCACCCUCUAGCUUUGCAUGCGCUGGCCACAGAGAACCCUCUCGGGCACCAACGUCGGAUUACUCGGUACAUCGCUCGCCACCAGUGUUUGUAAGUGGAUACAAGACCAUGAGUGCUGAAGUUUCGAAAAACACUCUUGGUUGUUGAGUUGUUCUACAGUUGUCUGUAAUGCAGCUUUCAGUUGUGCUCUUUUUUUCUUUUCUUUUUACCACUACAGGUGGAAUCCUGAUAAUUCGAAUACGGCUUAAUUCGAACAUACCGCUUAAUUAGAAGUUUUUCCAGGACCGAUUUCUGUCAAUACGAUUCCCACAUAUAUUUUUCUGAUAAUUCAAACCUCGAACCGGACAUGUCCGAUUAAUUCGAAGUUCCACGGAUUCCACUUA